AUGGAAGAUAGUUUCCUUCAAACAGAGAACGCGGAGAUGGACACUGAGUUCAUGAACGGAUUGUUACUAGAUGGUUGCUGGUUAGAGACAACAGAUGGAUCUGAGUUUCUCAACUUAUCUCCUUCAGCUUCUUCCGUUAGCCCCUUUGAUCCAUCUUCCUUCAUGUGGUCUCCAGCUCAAGACACAUCAGCAAUCUGCACACCAGGAGCAGUAUCUCAGAUGUACGGUCAGGAUUCCGCAGAAAGAUCGAGUCUUGACGAGUUCCAAUGGAACAAAAGGUGGUGGAUUGCACCAGGAGGUGGCGUUUCUUCGGUUACAGAGAGAUUGGUUCAAGCAGUUGAGCACAUCAAAGACUACACAACAGAGAGAGGCUCUCUUAUACAGUUGUGGGUUCCGGUGAACAGAGGAGGCAAGCGAGUUUUGACCACAAAGGAACAACCUUUCAGCCAUGAUCCGUUGUGUCAGAGACUUGCAAACUAUAGAGAGAUCUCUGUGAAUUACCACUUCUCUGCUGAGCAAGAUGAUUCAAAGGCCUUGGCUGGUUUGCCUGGGAGGGUGUUCUUGGGGAAGCUUCCUGAAUGGACUCCUGAUGUUAGGUUCUUCAGGAGCGAGGAGUAUCCGAGAGUCCAGCACGCUCAGGACUGUGACGUACGUGGAACGCUGGCGAUUCCGGUGUUUGAGCAAGGGAGUAAGAUUUGCUUGGGUGUUAUUGAGGUUGUGAUGACCACUGAGAUGGUUAAGCUAAGACCUGAGCUUGAAAGCAUUUGCAGAGCACUCCAGGCAGUUGAUCUUAGGAGCACUGAAGUUCCAAUUCCACCUUCUCUAAAGGGAUGUGACUUUUCCUACAAAGCAGCAUUACCAGAAAUCAGAAACCUCUUGAGAUGUGCUUGCGAGACGCAUAAACUACCUUUAGCUCAGACAUGGGUCUCUUGCAUCCAGCAAAGCAAAAGCGGGUGUCGUCACAGCGACGAGAACUACAUCCACUGCGUGUCGACCGUUGACGAUGCUUGCUACGUUGGUGAUCCAACGGUCCGGGAGUUCCAUGAAGCUUGCUCUGAGCAUCAUCUUUUGAAAGGCCAAGGAGUUGCAGGACAAGCCUUCUUGACCAAUGGACCUUGCUUCUCCUCUGAUGUCUCCAACUACAAGAAAUCAGAGUACCCUCUCUCUCACCACGCUAACAUGUUUGGUCUACAUGGCGCGGUCGCGAUUCGCCUGCGCUGCAUCCACACGGGCUCUGCUGAUUUCGUCUUGGAGUUCUUUUUGCCGAAAGACUGUGAUGAUCUAGAGGAACAGAGGAAGAUGUUGAAUGCGCUUUCGACUAUUAUGGCUCAUGUGCCUAGAAGCUUAAGGACUGUUACAGAUAAGGAGCUAGAAGAAGAGAGUGAAGUGAUGAUAGAAAGGGAGGAAGAGAUGAUAGUAACGCCAAAGAUAGAGAACACAUCGGAGCUACAACAUUCCUCAUGGAGUAAUAAUAAUAGUAGUAAUCCUCAGAGUCUUGGAUUGGUGUUUGAUGGAGGAGAGAAGCCAAAUGAUGUGUUUGGCUUGAAGAGAGGCUUUGACUACUCCAUGGAUUGUAACAUCAACGAGAGCAGCACUUUUACUAGCGGCGGUUUCGGUAGGAUGGCAGAGAAGAAGCGUACAAAAGCAGACAAAACCAUUACUUUGGAUGUUCUUCGACAGUACUUCGCAGGAAGUCUGAAAGAUGCAGCCAAGAACAUCGGUGUUUGUCCAACGACCUUGAAGAGAAUAUGCAGGCAACAUGGUAUACAGAGAUGGCCUUCAAGAAAGAUCAAGAAAGUUGGACAUUCUCUGCAGAAGAUCCAACGAGUGAUUGAUUCUGUUGAAGGUGUUUCAGGUCCUCUUCCUAUAGGCUCCUUCUACGCGAAUUUCCCUCAUUUAGCAUCUUCACAGUCGCAAGAACCAUCACAACAACAACAACAAGCCAAGCCCUCACCUCCUCCUCCUCCUCCGCCUCCAUUGCAGGCUGCAAAGUCCCCUGUUUCCUCAUACAGCCACAGCUCAAACUCUAGCCAAUGCUGCUCCAGCGAGACACAACUAAACAGCGGAGCAACAACCGGUCCAGCUCAAGCUGACGUAGGAGGUGCGUUGAAGAAGACGAGCAGCGAAAUCGAGCUUCAAAGUUCGAGUCUUGACGAGACAGUGUUGACUCUCUCUAGUUUAGAAAACAACCCUCAAGGAACACAACACUUGUCAUCAUCUCAAGAUGAUAAUGACUUCCUGAGGAUUAAAGUUGGCUACGGAGAGGAAAAGAUCAGGUUCCGGAUGAGGAACUCGAGAAGGUUAGCAGAUGUGUUGUGGGAGAUAGGGAAGCGGUUUAACAUAGAGGAUAUGAGCAGGUAUGAUCUCAAGUACUUAGACGAAGACAAUGAAUGGGUUUUGUUGACUUGUGAUGAAGAUGUGGACGAGUGUGUAGAUGUCUGCAGAACCACACCCAACCAUACCAUUAAGCUUCUGCUUCAGGUUUCUUCUCAUCAUUUCCCUGAACGUUCUUCAGCUACAGAAUACACUUUAUGGCACUAA